AUGGAGGUCCUUCCGGUCUUGAGCUGGUCAUUCGUUCCUUCCCUGGUGCCUUGGAUCGGAGCCCCAAAUCACAAGAGAAGUUGCGAGGUCAUGCUCGCCGUCAUGCUGGCGCGCCUCCAUGACAAUGGUGGAGGAUUGCUCAGCCAUGGUCGAGACCAACGCUCCACCAAUCCCUCGCACGCCUCCUCCUCUCCCAAAUCCCCAAUCCCGUCGCCCGGUUCCUCCUCCCCAAUCCCAGGCCUCGCACGGCGCCCCAUUCCCCGACGCUCCUCUCCAUCGGCGGCAUCCGCUGCUUCGCGCCGCCACCCCGUCGUCAUUGCUAGGGCCGCCUCCCCUUCCCGCCCCUUCCUUCCUCAGCCGCACGUCGUCGUCCCCACCCCGACGCUCGCCGUCAUAGCCUUCUUCGUCGAGUCAGUACGGUGGCGCGGCGGCGGCAGCAGCGUGUGCGGCGUCCUCCUCUUCGACCCCAAGCACAUCAGCAGUGGAGGGCUAGGAGGAGGCGGACGGCUACAGAUCUUGUUGGGUUUGGCCUCCUCAUCUACCUCGAGCUCGACCCUGAGCAUGGUGCUGGCCAGGCUCGCGAUUUGGUGGUGGUGUUGUUUGCUGGGAGGGUGGCGGCGGCCUCCACUACCUCGGCCCCCAGCGCGAGGACGGCGACCAGCAGCGGCGGCGCUCACCCGCGGGUUUGCCGGCCGGCCGGCGGCCAUCUCUAUCUCCAUUCUUCCUCUCACAGAUUGGUCAGAGAUUUGUUUGUAUGCAGGUUUGCCGGCCAGCCAUGAUGCAGUUGAAGCCCAUCCCAUUAGUUGGAACCACCACUUCUCCUUUCCCAUUUUUCCUCAAAUCCGGCAGCCAAGGAUCAAUCAGAUCUACAGAAAAAACGUGAAAUGUGAUCUACUAUGUGCUUUGCAAGACCGGCUUUUAGUUAAGCACUGAUGCUUAUUUAUUACGGCAUGGAAGAAUGGUUCUGGAAAAGGGAGGUGAAUUUCUUCUGGUUCACCAUUUUGUAGUUCUUGUUGUCUGAAUUUUGUGUGAAACCUUCAAUGCAAUAUCUUGACAUUAGGUUUCUUUCCCCUCUCAGACCCUUGCUAGAAACAUCUUAUUAUGUUUAUCUUGAUCAAGUUGAUCCAAGUUGUUUGAUU